UGGGACAGAGAGGAACUAUAGGAUGCGUUGGCGUAGGAACUAGGAGGAUAGUCUCCUCAGGAGAAACAUUAAGCAUCAAAUAGAAACAGGGACACAGACAAUGGGGCAUUGAGAAAUCAAACGGAGAAAUGGAAGGAGUGAUUGCUGAACCUGGAGGGAGUAAACCGAAAACAGGAGCUACACAGAGACAGGAAAGUUGUUAUGCAGGGAGGGUGAGGGGCAGGCCGGUGGGGACGGAGACCCCCUCUGGAGGCGGAAAGAGGCAGGACCACUUCCGGCCAGGGAGGGGGGAACGGGCUCAGACCUGAGGAGAGGCUUGGAGAGAGCAGACGUCCUCUGGACUUCACAAGGGCGAGGUGAGGCUCAGCUAUUAGCUUACCAGAAAGAUGGAUAGAAGAAAUGACUAUGGUUACAGGGUACCCACAUUCCAGGGCCCUCUGCCUCCCCCUGGGAGCCUGGGGCUUCCCUUCUCUCCAGAUGGACAGAAUGAGACCACAGAAGAGGAUGGUGUCAUGCUGAUGCAUACCCUGUUGUCAGCAACUAAGGACCCACCUACUGCCAGCCGGCCUAAGAAAAGCAAGACUAAGAAGACCUCUAUUAAGGCCAUUAAUAAGACCAUACCUGCUGCCCCUCCAGUCUCAUCUGCCAAUGACACUGCUACCAACAAGCCCAGAGUUACUCUGCAGGCUUUAAACCUACCAAUGUUCACCCAGAUCAGCCAGGCUUCAGCUACCACUGAGGCAGCCAAUAUCCAGGCUUCUUCAGUCGUUGCUCAGCCUAAGAAAGCCAAGGCAAAGAGAGUUUCUCCUAAGGUAUCCCCAAUCGGCAGUGAGGAUUUCACUAUACAGCUUAAGUCACCCUUGCAGGCUCUAAACCUACCAGUUACCUCACCAACUAUCCAGUCUCCAGUACCCAGUGAGUCAGCCAAUUCCCUGGCCUUGAUAGCCUCCAGCAAGCCUAAGAAAGCUUCUAAGGCUAAGAAGGCUGCCAAUAAGGCCAUUGCUAGUGCCACUGAGAUCUCACUGGCUCCAACUGCCACCCACGCAGCUACUACCCAAGGCCAAACUGCCAACGAAACAGCCAAUAUCCAGGCCACAGUGGCCUCUAUCCGAACCAAGAAAACUUCCAAACCUAAAAGGACAACUGCUAAGACCAUAAAUACUGAUGCUGAACAUCUAGAGUCCUCAAAUGCUAAUGAGGCAUCUAACAGACAGGUUGAGGCCUCAGCAGUAGCUCUAAGGCCCAAAAAACCCAAAGGCAAAAAAGUUGCCAAUAAAGUCACAAAUUCUGCUUCUGAGAUCUCUGAGGCUCCACCUGCCAUCCAAAUGGUCCCAAACCAUGGUCUGUCCGUCACUGUGCGGAUCAGGAGAGGGUCUAGGGCUCGAAAGGCUGCUACUAAGACUCGGGCAACAGAAAGCCAGACCCAAAUUGCUGACCACGGAGCUCAGGCCAACAUGGCUUCCUCUCAGAACAGCAUAAGUGCCCUUGAGACUCAGGUCGCUGCUGCUGUCCAGGCCUUAGCAGAUGACUAUCUGGCUCAGUUGAGUUUGGAGCCCACAACUAGAACUCGGGGAAAAAGGAACCGGAAGUCUAAGCAUCCUAAUGGAGAAGAGAGAACUGGCAGUAAUUACAGGCGGAUCCCAUGGGGCCGAAGGCCUCCGCCACCCCGAGAUGUGGCUAUUUUGCAAGAAAGGGCCAAUAAGUUGGUGAAAUACCUAUUGGUUAAGGACCAGACAAAGAUCCCCAUCAAGCGCUCAGACAUGCUGAAAGAUGUCAUCCAAGAAUAUGACGAAUAUUUCCCAGAGAUCAUUGAAAGAGCAAGCUACGCUCUGGAGAAGAUGUUUCGAGUCAAUCUGAAGGAAAUUGAUAAGCAAAGUAGCUUGUAUAUUCUUAUCAGCACUCAGGAAUCUUCUGCAGGCAUACUGGGAACGACCAAGGAUACACCUAAACUGGGUCUCCUUAUGGUGAUUCUGAGUGUCAUUUUCAUGAAUGGCAACAAGGCCAGUGAGGCUGUCAUCUGGGAGGUGCUGCGCAAGUUGGGACUGCGCCCUGGGGUAAGGCAUUCACUUUUUGGAGAAGUAAGGAAACUCAUCACAGACGAAUUCGUGAAGCAGAAGUAUCUGGAAUACAAGAGGGUCCCCAACAGCAGACCACCUGAAUAUGAGUUCUUCUGGGGCCUGCGGUCUUACCAUGAAACUAGCAAGAUGAAAGUCCUGAAGUUUGCAUGCAAGGUACAGAAGAAAGACCCUAAGGACUGGGCUGCUCAGUACCGGGAGGCAGUAGAGAUGGAAGUCCAAGCUGCAGCUGUGGCUGUGGCUGAGGCUGAGGCCAGGGCUGAGGCAAGAGCCCAAAUGGGGAUUGGAGAGGAAGCCGUGGCUGGGCCCUGGAAUUGGGAUGACAUGGAUAUUGACUGCCUAACAAGGGAAGAGUUAGGUGAUGAUGCUCAAGCCUGGAACAGAUUUUCUUUUGAUAUUGAGGCCAGAGGCCAAGAAAAUGCAGAUACCAAUACUAAUCUCGACUUCACCCAAGGAGCUAGUACCAGAGGUAGUUUCAGCGAUGGUGCUGGUAUUAGCUUCGGGGGCGCGCCCAGCCCCAGUGGUGGCUUCGGUGGCAGAGCUGGCAUCACCUUUGGUAGUGUACCCAAUACCUCUGCCAGCUUCAGCAGUGCAGCAAGCAUUAGUUUUGGUGACACACCCAACACUAGCAGUAGUUUCGGUGGUGGAGCCAGCAUUACCUUCGGUGGCACACCCAGUACUAGUGCCACCUUCUGCAACACAGCCAGCAUUAGCUUUGGCGGUACACCGAGCACCAGUACUAGUUUCAGCAGCACAGCCAGCAUUAGCUUUGGCAGUGCACUGAGCACUAGCACUAGUUUCAGCAGCACAGCCAGCAUUAGCUUUGGCGGUGUGCCCAGCAUUAGCACGAGUUUCACUGAUGGAUCCAGCAUUAGCUUUGGUAGUGCACCCACCACCAGUGCUGCUUUCAGCGGCGGAGCCAGUAUUAGCUUUGGUGGUACACCCUGUACCAGCGCCAGUUUCAGCGGCGGUGCCACCUGUGCCUAUGGAGGCACACUCGGCAGCACCACAGCUGCCUUCAGUGGUGCACUCAGCACCAGCACCAGCUUCGGCAGUGCACCUACCACGAGCACUGUCUUCACUGGCGCACUUAGCACCACCACUGGGUUUGGAGGCACACUUAGCACCAGUGUCUGCUUUGGUAGCUCUCCCUGCUCUGGUGCCAACUUUGGAGGCACACUUAGUACCAGUAUCUGCUUUGGUGGCUCUCCGAACACCAACACUGCUUUUGGUGGGACACUCAGCACCAGUGUCUCCUUUGGUACUUCUAGCACCAGCUCUGACUUUGGUGGCACACUAAGCACUAGCGUCAGCUUUGGUGGCUCUUCUGGCACCAGUGCUGGCUUUGGUGGUGCACUCAACGGGAGUGCCGGUUUUGGCAGUGCCAUCAGCACCAGUGCCAGCUUUAGUGGUGCACUCGGGAGCAAUGCCAGCUUUGGCAGUGCCGUCAGCACCAGUGCCGGCUUUGGCGGUGCACUCGGGAGCAAUGCUGGCUUUGGUGGUGCUGUCAGCACCAGUGCCAGCUUUGGCAAUGCAUUCAACACCAGUGCUGGAUUUGGUGGUGCCAUUAGCACCAGUGCCGGAUUUAGUGGCACACUGAAUGGAGGUGCGAGCUUUGGAAGUUCCGUCAGCACCAGUGGUGGCUUUGGUGGCGCACUCAGCACCAAUCCUGACUUUGGUACAUUCAGUACCAGCGUUGGCUUCGGUGGGGCUCUCAGUACCACUGACUUUGGUAGUACUCCCAGUAACAGCAUUAGCUUUGGCAGUGCUCCCACUACGAGUGUCAGCUUUGGUGGCUCUCACAGCACCAGCGUCUGUUUUGGUGGAGCCCCCAGCACCAGCCUCUGUUUUGGCAGUGCAUCUAACACCAACCUAUGCUUUGGAGGUUCUUCCAGCACCAACUCCUGUUUCACUGGUGGAACCAGUGCCAGUUAUAGCGAGGGGCAUAGCUCCAGUGCCGGUUUCAGUUUUGGCAAUGGGUUAGGCACCAGUGCUGGCUUUGGAAGUGGACUGGGUACCAGUGCUGGAUUUGGUGGCAGCUUAGGCCCCAGUGCUGGCUUCGAUGGUGGCCUAGGCACCAGUGCUGCCUUUGGCAGUGGACUAGGCACCAGCACUAAUUUUGGUGGACUAAGCCCUAGUGCUGACUUCAGUGGAGGACUGGGUACCAGUGCUGGCUUCGGUGGCAGACUAAGCACCAGCACUGACUUCAGUGGUGGACUGGGCACUAGUGCUGGCUUUGGUGAUGGACUGGGCAGCAGUGCUGGCUUUGGUGGUGGACUGGUCACUAGUGAUGGCUUUGCUGGUGGACUGGGUACCAGUACUGGCUUUGGCAGCACAUUUGGCACUGGUGCAGGCUUCAGUGUAAGCCUCAGCACCAGCGAUGGCUUUGGCAGUGGGCCUAAUGCCAGCUUUGACAGAGGACUGAAUACCGUCAUUGGCUUUGGCAGUGAUUCCAACACCAGCACUGGCUUUACUGGUGAACCCAGCACCGGCUCCAGCUUCAGUAGUGGACCCAGUUCUAUUGUUGGCUUUAGUGGUGGACCAAGCACUGGUGCUGGCUUCUGCAGUGGACCAAGCACUGGUGGCUUUGGUGGUGGACCAAGUACAGGAACUGGCUUCGGCGGACCAAGCACUGGAGCGGGCUUCGGCGGACCAAGCACUGGAGCGGGCUUCAGUGGUGGACUGAGCAGCAGCGCUGGCUUUGGUGGUGGACUCAAUGCCAGUGCUGGAUUCAGCGGUGGACCAAGCACCGGUGCUGGCUUUGGGGGUGGAGCCACUAGCCUUGGUGCCUGUGGCUUCUCCUAUGGCUAGUGAAGUUUCAGGUCUACUCCCCAUGUUGACAGAUGAAGCAAAACUUCCCAUGGAGCCAAGGUAUAGCUUUGGAAUCUUUGUUCACACAGCAGCCCAAGCAGCUAUGACCCAUCAGCUGAGAGUGACACACUGAAAAAAAUCUGCUGUUCCUGCUUUGUUGUUUGCUUCCUGUGUGUUGUCCUAUUUUGGUAUCAGAGUUACAUUAAAUUUGGCAAACGAA